CCGAGAUUGCCACAAGGACAAGGUUAUCCUAUUCCCGCCUUAUCCUAUCCUAUCCUAUCCCUCGAGCCCUCCCGAGAACGCGAUUGGAUUUGUUAAAACCCUAGUGCCCUAGGUUUCGUUUAAAUACCAAACAAUUCUUUUGAAUUUCGGUUCGAUCUUCCAACUGGAGCCAGAUUAAAUUACCGUUUUCGUCAUGCAAUCUGGCGGGAAAAAAGCUUCGAAUAAUCCUGCAACCAGGCUUACGUCUCUCGUGAGCAAGAGACAGAAGCUUCAGGAGGAGCUUCAUACCAUUGAAAAACAGGUUUAUGAGUUAGAGACAAGCUACUUACAAGAAUCAAGCCACUUCGGCAAUGCUUUUAAAGGGUUUGAUGGGUUACUAUCUGCGUCAAGAAACACAACAAACUUAAAGAAAUCCAGAAAAUUGCAGCCUGAAGAUAGGAUCUUCUCAUUGUCCUCAGUAACCUCGCCCGUGGCUGAAGAACAAGGAGUUGGACGGGAAGAUGGAAGAUCGGAUUUGGGUCAAGGUCGGCCCAAGGGCGGGGGCUUAGCCACAAAUGGACAGGGAAAACCAAGGAGGGGAAGAACAAGUGCAAGAGAUGGAAGGAAAAUAAGGCAGUCGAGUGAUUUAGAUCCUGAAGAUGAAGAUGAUCCUGAUUUGAGCUCGAAAUAAUGGCAUUUUUUUUCCCGAAGAUGUGUAGUUUGACCGAAAUCGUAUUCCGACCCGUAAGUUUAUAUUUUCGUUAGAUAUUUGUCCUCCUUGAGCGUAUUCUAAAGAGUUUUGUCUGUCGUAGCAUUCUGACUGUAUCUUGUGUGUACGUAGACGUCUUCUUAACUGUAUCCUUGAUUUAUUUUUCUCAUUUAGGAGAAGGGGAGGGAGAAAAGAAAAAGAUGUUAUCGUAUUUAUUUGUAUCUUCUUUGAAUUUUGUCAAAUUUAUUUGUACCUGCUGGCGCUGUUGCGUUUUGCUAAAUGUAUUGCAAAGUUUGUAAUUUAGUUGGGGAAAA